CAAUCACAUCAACACACAUCCAGCAACGACAAACAAAGCCGCAAACAUGGACGAUGACGAUGAUGAUGUGCUUCGGGUGGAGGAGCUUGUGGUGGAUCGAAUGGACAGUGCGGUGCUGUCGUCGUCAGACUCCGAGACUAUGGCGGACGCGGACGAUGAGUACGAGGCAGAGGGGGAGGAAGAGGAUGACGACACGACCGUUUACGGAAGCAGCGAUGCAGAGACGAUUGCAGGGAGCAGUGACGACGAAGCGUUGAGGGCAGAAGCGCGGGCGACGUUGGGGAACGAGAGCGAUGCAUCCACGGGGCCUGCUUGCCCACUGGAGCCCGUCAUGCCCAUGGACGACGAGUUUAGCAAGUGGCUCGAGGCAACCAUUCGAUGCUGUGCGCAGUACAGAAGCAAGGGGCUGCGCGCUUACGUCCGAGCGCUCGAUGAACUGCCUUUGGACAAACAAUGGAGCCUGAGUAAGGAUGCCAUCGUGGACCAUGUGCUUCCAGUUGUCGAGUACAGAUUCAGAGUGGCGGGCACGCGGCAAAGCCUGCACGCGGACAUUGCAGGCAGCUUCAAGCGGGCCAUCCCACUCAUCCCAUCGUUUGCGCACGGGCCCCCAAGGCUGAAGAUGAUGCUGGAUGAGGCACGCGCCGUGUGCACGCUGUACUCCACCACAACCACGGCAUACAUCCACAUCUUGUCUGGUCAGGUUGACUUUGACAGCAACGUGGACCGCCUUCGUGCCACGCGUAUCCGCAUCACACAGGCGAGGCGCAAGCUGCACAAGCUGUCGUCAGCGCCACCGCCGGCACCCGCAAACUCCACCAGCAGCAGCUUCGAAACCACGUCCAUGCGCCCGCUCGUGGAUGCUGCGACGUGGGAGGCGAUGACGCUCGAAGCGCUUCUCAAUUGCCAGCGCGCUCUUCUCACCCUCCAGUACAAGGAUGCUCUUCUCUCCAUGCACGAGUGCAAAGCGUCGCUGUUGCAACUCACGUCAAACUUCCGCAAGCGGCCGCCGCUUGCCCGGCGAUUGGAGCGGAUUGUCUGCCACAUCAUCGCGCGCUGCCACUUUAUCUUCUUUGAAAACUUUGCACGGCCCCUUCCACAACCCACAUACCAGGUCACGUAUGCGGGCAAGCACUGCUAUGUUCGCACCAUGAUGCACAUUGUGCGCAAGCAUCGCCUUGCAUUUGCCGCCGCGUUUGGUGUUGCGUCAUGGGUGCGGCCUGGAACAACGUUCCACCUCAACUACACCCUACCGGCCAAUGGCCUUCCUGAGGAACACGUCGGCACCAUGCAACGAAGGAUGCCCAUGCUGUUUAGCUUCCCGUUCCCGCUUGCCGCCGGCUUCUACGUGCCGCUCUUCCCAGUCAUAUCCACCAUCGACCCCAUGCCGAGGGAUACGCCGAUGCCUCACGGUGACUUUGAAGUCCGCCCGCCCAAGAAGUCGCGUUCGGGGUCGAGUGGGAACGAGGAUAAGACGUCGCACGUUGCAUAUUUGAUUGCGCGCGCGGAUGAGUGCAUUGCCGUUGUUUUUGGCGUGGACAUGCGGUAUCGGCGAGACGCCAAGCCACCAAACGUGCCUGAGCUGACGACGGUGCUCGUUGACUUUUGCACCCACCUGACGCGCGCCUUCACGGGCCAGCUUCCAGACAAGCCAGACCCAAGCAAAGCACAAACACAAACCCCCACCGCAUGA